AUGGAGCUCACAGAGGCAGCAAGCUUCAGAACGUCACUACCUCGACUGAAUCAGCCCGCCUCUCUGUCUACGCCGACUUCGUUGCCUCUGAUCGACUGUCGGUGGAAGCGCGGACGACCUGUGACAUUCUCGGAUCGCGCCUUCAGCACAAAGCCAGUGCAGCACACUGUACAGUCAAGCGGUACUGUCAGCACGCCUGCAGUGUCGGUAGUCGCAGCUCAGGUGCACAAUGAAGACGUGGGAACAUCGCUCGGCAAGUUGCGCCAGCAAUGUGGACAAGCUGGACACACUGGGACAGCUGAUCAGCAAUGCGUAUGUGCGGGUCGUCUCACACAUAUUGUACGACACGGUGAUGCACAUACGCAGACUGAUUAUGUCGCGAAUGGCAACCCCUCACCGAUGGAAGCUUCUGCGGCAAAUGCGACCAUGAGUCCGCCUGUAAAUCCUCCCAGUCUUGAUCUCGCGACUCAAAACGCUGCGCCUUCCGCACUUGCUCACAGUAUUGUACUUUCGUCUUCUGGGGACGGUGGACUAGGGGACACUUCAGACACCGACUAUGUGCCAGCCUCUUCUGAUAAGGGCGAAUGCAACACCGAACAGGGUGAUCCUGAGGCUGAGGAGGCUGAUGAAGAGCCGAGUGAAACUCACAACCCUCUCGAGUACCAGAUCCCCAAAGAUGUACUGCGAGCCGCCAUGACCGCCCCUGAAAACACUAAAGCAAGCUUCUGGAGUAGCGCCCUAUAUCGCGAUCCAGAAGGCUCGCAGAUACUGGUACAUUACUGCAAGACCAAAGAAGUAGCUGAGCGUGUGGCCAAGCGCUUUGUCAACGAAACAGUUCUUGGCUUCGAUAUUGAGUGGAAACCGUAUUCUUCUCCCGAAUCGAUUAAGAAGAACGUAUCUCUCAUUCAACUUGCCUGCGAAGAUCGAAUUGCAUUAUUCCACGUGGCCCUGUUUCAAGGAAGUACUGCAGCACAACUCAUGCCCCCAACACUGAAGGCGAUCCUAGAGUCUCCAGACAUUUACAAAGUCGGUGUCGCAAUAAAGGGUGAUUUCAGCCGCGUUAACAAGUACCUCAAAAUCGAGUCUCAAGGCGUCUUUGAGCUGAGCCGACUACAUAACUUGGUGGAGCAUUAUGUGACCAAUCCCAGCAAAGUCAACAACAAGCUUGUGGCUUUGGCUCCGCAGGUUCAGCAGCACCUUCAGUUGCCAUUGUACAAAGGAGGCCACUUGAUUGACGACCCUGAGGACAUGUACAAUGUUCGCUCCAGUGAUUGGAGUCUGCCGUUGAAUCACCAACAGAUUCACUAUGCUGCUGCCGAUGCAUAUGCUGGAUUCCGUUUGUUCGAUGCUCUAGAGGAAAAGCGUAAGCAGCUGAAGCCAACUCCGCCCCGACCCUUGGUAUGCGACUAUGACUCGAAGCCUAAGCCUAGGUCGAGUGUCAGCAAGCCUCGCAAGAAGCGCACGCCCCUCGCGAAAGACAAGGAGAUUACAAAUGCGCUUACAGAGGAGUCCGUUACAGCUGCUGAUCAAACGGAGGGGCCAGGCGAAGAGGCGAAAGAAAAGCCCGAACAAUCACAAGAUACAGCAGGCUACGAGACUGCCCAGGAGGAUUUCUUGGACAGCCAUCAGCUCGAAGGCGAAGAGCCUGCUUCACCGGAAGAAAGUCAUGGGCCGACCGACGACAGUCCUGACGAUGCAGCGGGAGACCAAGAGGCACCAUUGAAUAACGGGAAGACAACAACUGCAACAAACGCGAGCCAGGGACGAGUCGGUCGCAUCAACCUGAGUCGGCUUAGAGGCCCCGAUCCAGACUAUCCAAAGCUUUCCGAGCUGCGCGGUAGCGAAGGCGCUGACUCCUCGACAAACAAGGAAACUAUCGCCGUCGUUGACUGGCUUGAUAAAGUAAACCUUGGAAGCAAAUUGGAACAAGCUGGAUACCUGGUUGGAGACGAAGACGAAGACGAAGAGACUGAUGAGUUUGACGACUCAGAGCUUGAAGAGGCCAUGCAAGAUCUGAGCAUUGACUGCGAUGGGAAGUUGCAGGAAGCCACAAGCGAGACUGUCGCAAUCGAGCCAGAGGAAUGUUCGGAGCAACUGUUUUUCACAGCAGAAGACAUCAUCGAACAUAAAAAGAUGGACGAGGGAGUCACCAAGGCGGGACCAGCCCCUAUGACAGACGACCCCGCUUUCCGGGAAGAAGAGCAGCGCCUCAUUGACCUCAUUAACGACCACGAAGUCACCGAAUACCUCUAUGCUCCUCCCACAGUCGCCCCUGCUGCAGCAGCACCAGCGUCAGCACCUCAAGCUCCCACCGAAUCCGCUCGAGAACAAGCCGAGCCCACCCACACCCCUGAAUACAACCUCGCCACCUCCUGGGCACGGUCUUACCUCUCCUCCUCCAUCCCUCCACCUGGCUCGCUCACGCCAAGCCAUAUCCGGGCCACGGUUCCUCACCUCCGCGCCUACCACAUGUGGCACCACCAGCACUUGGCUCUGAGUGCAAUAGCGGCGCAGCUGCGCAAUCCAGCGCUGCCAGAGAGCACGGUGGGGAGCUAUGUGUUGCAAGCGAUCACCCUGGAGAAGAUGGCGUAUGAAGCGUCGGCGGUGCGGGGGGUGUUGAUGGAUAUGCCAGAGGCGCAGAGGAGGGGGAAGUGGAGGGGGUUGGCUGAGAAGGUUGGUGCUAGGUAG